CCAGCAACAACCAAUCGUAAAAUACUCUGGCAGGGUGGCCUCGCCCGGAAGGCAGAAGAGCUCCGCCCCGCCCCUUGUUUCCCUUAAGCCGAAUACCCAGCAAAUCACAGGAAGUGACGCAACGCCCACACUUCCCAUGGCCCGCGCUCCACGGUGGGCAGACGGCCGAAGCCGAGGGCGGAACUGGCGGAAGUGACGUUAACAAAGCGAGCCAGGAGUUCUGUAGGGUCGGGAAGGGUCGCCGUAGCGGGCGCCUCGGCCGUUUGCGACUUAACUUCGUUUUCGCCGGCCGGUAGUUGUCUCUGCAGUGACUCCAGGGCCUGGACUGUGUGGUUUUCUCGUUUAAAACUCCAGUGAUUAUCUCCAAAAAAUACCGAAUUUGACCAAAAAAUGAGGAGAUUCUGCAAACAACUCUCUUUUAUGCUGUUCUUGAGGUGUUAAUCAGUCCUGUUUGAAUCGGUCAGUUCUCACAGCAACCCUGAGCACGGUAGGAGUCCAUCUGAACUAAACAAUAAAAGCAGCAUCACUGUUUCUUGGUGUGCAUGAAGAUAACCCAGAGAGCUGAGGAAGUCGCUAAGAGUGUGCUGGGGAUGCUCUAGGAAAAGACUGAAUGCUGAGGUGAUUCCCAGUCCAAAGGUUUUUGAUUUGCCAAGAAGAAAGUGAACCUCAUGGAUCAGAACAACAGCCUCCCACCUUAUGCCCAGGGCCUGGCCUCCCCUCAGGGUGCCAUGACUCCUGGAAUCCCUAUCUUUAGUCCGAUGAUGCCGUAUGGCACAGGACUGACUCCACAGCCUAUUCAGAGCACCAACAGUCUGUCUAUUUUGGAAGAACAGCAAAGGCAGCAGCAGCAACAGCAGCAGCAGCAGCAGCAGCAGCAACAGCAGCAGCAGCAGCAGCAGGCGGCAGUGGCAGCCGUUCAGCAGUCGACCUCCCAGCAGGCAACCCAGGGGGCGUCCGGCCAGACACCACAGCUUUUCCACUCACAGACUCUUACGACCGCACCCUUGCCGGGCACCACUCCCCUGUAUCCCUCCCCCAUGACCCCCAUGACCCCCAUUACCCCUGCCACGCCAGCCUCGGAGAGCUCUGGGAUUGUGCCGCAGCUGCAAAAUAUUGUAUCCACAGUGAAUCUUGGCUGUAAACUUGACCUAAAGACCAUUGCACUUCGUGCCCGGAAUGCUGAAUAUAAUCCCAAGCGGUUUGCUGCUGUAAUCAUGAGAAUAAGAGAGCCCCGGACCACUGCACUGAUAUUCAGUUCUGGGAAGAUGGUGUGCACAGGAGCCAAGAGUGAAGAACAGUCCAGACUAGCAGCAAGAAAAUAUGCCAGGGUUGUACAGAAGUUGGGUUUUCCAGCUAAGUUCUUGGACUUCAAGAUUCAGAACAUGGUGGGGAGCUGUGACGUGAAGUUCCCUAUAAGGUUAGAAGGCCUUGUGCUUACCCACCAACAGUUCAGUAGUUAUGAGCCAGAGUUAUUUCCUGGUUUAAUCUACAGAAUGAUCAAACCAAGAAUUGUUCUCCUUAUUUUUGUUUCUGGAAAAGUUGUAUUAACAGGUGCUAAAGUCAGAGCAGAAAUUUAUGAAGCCUUUGAGAACAUCUACCCUAUUCUAAAGGGUUUCAGGAAGACAACGUAAUGGCUGUCAUGUACUCCUGCCUCCCCCACCCACUUGUUUUAUUAAAACAAAUCAGUUCUGGUACA